GGCAGCUCCACUUCGAGCAAGAAAAACCACUUAGGGCGAUCGCUGGCGCUCAGUUGAGCUUUGGUAACCACGUAUAACGGUUCGCAAUCAAAUAAAAACGUUGUCAUUUUAUCGCGCUCGCCAAAUAUCAGUAGCCAGCGGUCGAGAAAACUGGCGGUGCCACAUCCAAGUCACCGAUAGCAACAAAGCCUUCGCCCACAAUGACGGACUACCUGACGCUGCACUCGCGCCUCGCCCAGGUGGGCCAGGAGCAUCUGCUCAAGUUCUGGCCGGAGCUUACGAACGACGAACGCAUCGAGCUGGUGCAGGACAUCGAGGAACUGAAUCUAGACGAGAUCAAGAAGUAUUUCGAUCGGGCCACCGUCUCCAUGAAUGAGAACGGCAUCAAGCUGGAUGAUCGCCUGCAGCCGCUGCCGGAGGGCAAGCUGAUUUCCAUCGCCCGAUCCCCGGAGGAGAAGCUGUCUGCCUACAGGGAUGAGGGACUCCGGCAGAUCAGCCAGGGCCAUGUCGCUGUGCUGCUUAUGGCAGGGGGACAAGGCACACGACUUGGUUUCGAUCAUCCAAAGGGCAUGUACGAUGUGGGACUACAGUCCAAGAAGACUCUGUUCCGCAUCCAGGCCGAGCGCAUCCUUAGGCUGGAGGAGCUGGCUCACCACGCCACCGGUCAGCGUGGCCACAUCACCUGGUACAUCAUGACGUCGGAGCACACCGUACAACCCACGGAAGACUACUUCGUUGCCAACAACUACUUCGGCCUGAAGGCUGAGAACGUGCUGCUGUUUGAACAGGGAUCGCUACCGUGCUUCGAAUACGAUGGACGUAUCAUUUUGGACGAGAAGCACCGUGUGGCGCGUGCACCGGACGGCAACGGGGGUAUCUACCGGGCGAUGAAGCGCCAGGGCAUACUGGACGACAUGCAGAAGCGUGGUGUACUUUACCUACACGCUCACAGCGUGGACAAUAUCCUGAUCAAGGUGGCGGACCCGGUCUUCAUCGGUUACUGUGUGCAGGAGAAGGCCGAUUGCGCCGCCAAGGUGGUGGAGAAGGCGUCGCCCAAUGAGGCCGUGGGCGUAGUGGCCAUCGUAGAUGGCAAGUACCAGGUGGUGGAGUACAGUGAAAUAUCGGCCAAGACCGCCGAGAUGCGCAACUCCGACGGACGGCUGACCUUUAGUGCCGGAAACAUUUGCAACCACUUCUUUAGCGCAAACUUCCUUCAGAAGAUCGGCAACACAUUCGAGCAGGAGCUGAAGCUGCACGUGGCCAAGAAGAAGAUUCCUUUUGUCGACAAUGCCGGCAAGCGUUUGACGCCCGAGAAGCCAAAUGGCAUUAAAAUUGAGAAGUUCGUGUUCGACGUAUUCGAGUUCGCACAGAAAUUCGUGGCCAUGGAGGUGCCGCGCGACGAAGAGUUUAGUGCUCUGAAAAAUGCUGAUACCGCUGGCAAGGAUUGCCCCAGUACAGCCCGACAGGACCUUCAUAGGCUGCACAAGAAGUAUAUUGAAAGCGCCGGCGGUAUUGUGCAUGGGGACGUCUGCGAAAUCUCUCCGUUCGUCACCUAUGCCGGCGAGAAUCUCGCCUCGCAGGUCGAGGGCAAGUCGUUCAGCAGUCCCGUCUACAUUCGGGACACCCGGGAUCCCCUGCACGGGCACCUUUAAUUAACUAGGAUGCAGUGCCGCCACAUAGACUGAUGGACGGAUAAUAGUUGAUUUGGUUAUUUGUAAAUUUACGUUUUCCGUUUUGAAUGUUAUGAUUCCCACACCAUAGGUAGAGCACGGAAAUUCCAUUGAUUUCAGUACUUAAAGGAGACUUGUAAAAAUUUGUUACGUAUUGUGUCCAUUGUUUUUUUUCGUUUUUUGGCAAUAAUUGUGCAAUCAUAAUGUGAAUAUAUACAAUAUAUAUAGAAUAAUAUAAAUAUUUUAAUAUGUUGUAAAAUACAAAAUUAUAAGUAUAAUCAAG